GAAAAAUAGUAAUAUAAACACUUCACGUCAGUUUACUGGAUAAAAAGGGUACAAGAGAAAACAUCUGGAAAUUGUAGAGAAAGUUUUCUCUCUCUCUCAAGUCCUCCUUUCUCCUGCAAGAGUCAUGGCUGGUUCCUUCAACUGGUCAUCCAUGGCUCUGUGCCUUGUUUGGGCAGCCACUUUUGCCUUGUGUUUAGUUUCUUCUCUGGCCAAGCUUCAUCGGAUCGAUCAUCCAGUGAACUCUGAUUCACUUCGGGUUUUAGUCGUCGGAGAUUGGGGAAGGAAAGGGCAUUACAACCAGACUGAAGUUGCAGUUCAGAUGGGAAAGGUAGCAGAUGUGCUUGACCCAGCUUUUAUUAUCUCCACCGGAGACAACUUCUAUGGAAGUGGAUUGACCGGCACCGAUGAUCCGCAAUUUGAGGAGUCAUUUUCCAAUAUCUACACUGCUAAAAGCCUGCAAAAGCAAUGGUACAAUGUUUUGGGCAACCAUGACUACAGGGGUAAUGUAGAGGCACAAUUGAGUCCAGUUCUUACCAAGAUUGAUAGCAGAUGGCUGUGCAUGAGAUCUUUCAUUGUUAAUACAGAAAUCGCGGAGAUCUUCUUUGUUGAUACUACUCCAUUUGCAGACAAGUACUUCACUCAUCCAGGCGAUGAGACUUAUGACUGGAGUGGUAUAACUCCUACCAGAAAAGGAUAUCUAAGUAACCUUCUGAAGGAUCUUGAUUCAGCAUUGAAAGAGUCGACGGCAAAGUGGAAGAUCGUUGUUGGUCAUCAUACAUUGAGAAGUGCUGGCCAACAUCGUGACACCGUGGAGCUUGUGAGGGAUCUUCUCCCAAUCCUUAAGGCCGAUGAUGUUGAUCUUUACAUUAAUGGGCAUGACCAUUUGGUGCAACACAUCAGUAGCCGAGACAGCAAACUCCAAUACUUUACCAGUGGAGGUGGUUCAAAGGCAUGGAGAGGUGACUAUGAUCUAAACAAAGAGGGACUAAAAUUCUUCUAUGAUGGGCAAGGAUUCAUGACUGUAGAGAUUACCGAAACAGAUGCUGUGCUCAUCUUCUAUGAUGUUUUUGGCAAAGUUCUCUACAAAUGGAGUGUGUCCAAGGCCUACACAUCCAUAUAGAUGGAUCAGUGUACUAAAGUGGUUAUGUUAUAGCCAUAUAAGAUUUAUGUAUUAUAUGCAUGUAUAAUUAAGACGGACAAUGUUAUGCUCUUAUGGUAGAUAUGGGUAUCAAAGAAUAUAACUUAACUUUUUGAAAUAGAAUAGGGUUCCACUAA